AUGGAGGAGCUUGAACAAGCUGAGCACAUACUUGGUAUUUGGCGCUAUGUGUCCACAAAUCUAUCUAUCCGUCAAAGCGACACUCCGUCCCAACAGCGGUUGACAUUUUCAAACGAGGAGGAGCAGGCGCUUGAAGCAAAAAUGAGCGAGGCUAUCAAUGCGUAUCGACGCGCACUCACGAAUGCGCAUGACUGGAUUGGAGAUAUGCAAGACAGUAAAGAGGCACAGUUGGUAGCACAAAAGCUCGAGGAGCACAACGCGCACCUCCAUAGUCACAUGACCAACUGCAGGAAGGUUCUUGUAGCCUAUCGUCAGCGCGCUAAAAUCGAGCGCAUUGAGCAGCAGCGCCAAAGCUUAUUGCCACAAAAGUUUGAGGAGGCAAAUACAUCAAAAAGUGACAGCACAUUAGGAUCAGCAGUAGAUGUAACGGCCGCCCUCAAACGCACAAGGCAGGUAAUGUCACAGGAGAUCGAACGCGCGAGCUCGGUAACCAAAGUGCUAGAUGAUGGGCGGCAAAGUCUUCGUAGCUCUCAUGAAGAGUAUGGGAAUGUAAACGCUGAAAUCAUUGAAGUACAGAAGAGACUCAAGGCUCUUGAGUGGCAGGCCAAACAGGACAAAAUGUGGAUUGGUGCUGGAAUGAUGGUGCUCCUCUCGACAGUGUUGUUUAUUGUAUGA